AUGAAGAAAACCCAUAGAACCUUUUGGUGCCUGCCUUUCUUGUUUUGCUUCAGUUCUUUUCCUUUGAGCCACUGCUUCAACACUCCAAGCCUGCCUAUUCGCGCUGUCCAUGCUGGCUCUAGCUCAAUCUCCAGGAGGAAAGUUUGGCUUCUUGCCCCUCCUUCACUCCUGCAACAAACAGCACGGCAGAAGAGCUGGUUGAUGAUGACUACCUCCGACGCCUCUGGGCUCGAAGAUCAGGUCAAGGAGCAGGGCGACAAGGUGAGGAGGAUCAAAGAGGCCAGAAAGGCGGACGAGACAGCAUACAGCAAGGAAGAGCUCGAUCGCGAAAUCCAGCUGCUGAAGGACCUCAAGGCCAAGCUUGAACCCCCCAAAGCGGCUGAACCAGUCAAGAAGGAAAGCGCGAGCAAGCAGGGAGGAGGAUCCAACCAGAAGAAGCAGAACAACCAGAAAGAAGUUUCAGCACGCGAGGAACGGACGGUGAGGAUGGGCAAGGCGGAGAAGCUGCGAGCAAAAGGAAUCAACCCCUACGAGUACUCGUUUCAAGUUUCUCACUCCACCGACCAACUCAAGGACAUGCAUGCUAUCUUGGGGAACGGAGAGACUGCCGACAAUGCUCAGGUGUCGAUUGCUGGCAGGGUGAUGGCAAAGAGAGUGUUUGGCAAACUUGCGUUCUACACUCUGUCAGACUCUGUCGGAACCAUCCAACUCUACCUUGAGAAGGAUAUCAUCAAUGGAGCAGGAAACGAAGAUUCUUUUGAUGAUCUCAAGACCUUCGUUGACGUCGGAGAUUUCUUGGGAGUCUCUGGUGGCAUCAAACGGACAGACAAGGGAGAACUUUCGCUUGAACUCGCUCUUUCCUCUCUUGUCUGCCUUCCCUUCCAUCUCACUCAGAGCUGGCAGGUUGUGGUAGAAAAAUUUUCAAUCCUCACCAAGGCGAUCCUUCCCCUCCCUGACAAGUACAAGGGGCUGACCGACAUCAACAUCCGAUACAGAAGAAGAUACGUGGACCUGAUCGUCAACCCUGAAGUGCGCGAGACUUUCAGACGGCGAGCAAAAAUCAUCCAGGGGAUCCGAGACUACCUUAACCAGAGAGAAUAUCUUGAGAUCGAGACUCCCAUCCUGACAGCUGAGAUCGGAGGAGCAGAUGCAAGGCCAUUCAUCACUCAUCACAACGCGCUUGACAUGGAGUUGUACAUGAGAAUAGCGACAGAAUUGCAUCUGAAGCGGCUUGUUGUUGGUGGAAUUGAAAGAGUUUACGAACUCGGAAGAAUUUUCAGGAACGAGGGAGCGUACGCGGACUACGAAGACAUGAUGAACUUGGUGGAAGAGAUGAUCUGCGGCAUUGCCAUGGACGUCUGCGGGACCCUGGAGCUGGACUACCAGAAUCUGUUCUUCGUCAACUUCCUCAUCGUCCUCAACUUGCUCAUCUUUCUCUCUUGGUCUCUUCUCCUACUGAAGUUUGUUUGCAAUAGUCUUUGCGAGGCGACCUUGAGAAAGCUCGAGAAGAAGCGAAGAAACUCAAAAUCCCUGACGCAGGCAGGGUCAGUGGGUCAGCUUUUGAACCUAGUGUUCGAGGAGACGGCCGAGUCUUCUCUCAUCCAGCCCACCUUCGUCACCGAACAUCCAGUUGAAAUCUCUCCUCUUGCAAAGCCUCAUCGCUCCAAGGAGGGGCUCACCGAGAGGUUCGAGCUCUUCGUCUACGGGCGGGAGCUCGCCAACGCCUUCUCGGAGCUCACGGACCCGGUGGACCAGCGCGAGCGAUUUGAGCUGCAGGCCGCCAAGAAAGCCGCGGGAGACCUGGAGGCCGCCGACGUUGACGAGGAUUUUCUGAUGGCGAUCGAGUAUGGGAUGCCUCCUACAGCAGGGCUUGGCAUCGGCAUCGACCGCUUGAUCAUGCUCCUCACCAACUCCGCGAGCAUCCGCGACGUCAUCGCCUUCCCCCUCAUGAGGAAGGACGAGGGCCAGCAGUCCCUCCUCGACUAA